AAAUUUCGACUGCGUCUGUUUUGUUGUGACAGCAGAAAUUAGAGCAAAGACUGUAUUUGACAAGUAGUGUUUGUGCAGCUGUGACUUUGACAUCGGAAUAACUUAAAUCUAUAUUUUCACUGCUCCUGUUUUACAAUGUACCAGUGACUUUCUUGAAGAGCGCUGGGGAUGGGAGGCCCGCGGGGAGCUGCAUGCGCAGAGUGAGGGAGAAGAGAACGUAUUGGACACAGCUGCCAUGGAUCAGGACUAUGAAAGACGCCUCUUAAGGCAAAUCAAUCACCAGAACCUCCCCGAGGGUCAGCCAGCCAAGUCAGGUUAUGCUACUUGCAGUCCGCUCAGUGUGAAGCUAGGGGACAGAUUCAUUCCUACUCGUGCUGGGAGCAACUGGAGUAUCAACUUUCAUUAUGCGAACGAAAACUGUCGUUCUCCCAGCCAGAAUCACAGGUCAAAGGAUGCAGGAGCAGACACGGGGAAAGAUGCCGUGGCAUACGCUGCUCUGCUGAGGAACGAACUGCUGGGAGCGGGUAUCGAGACCGUGCCGGACCCGCACACGGAUGACCGGCGACACGCAGUGCUCUCCCAGAACACACACAGCCUCUUUAAGUACACUAUCCACACUAAGAGAGUGCCUUUCGACAGUGGCAAUGAAGUUUCACCUUACUCCCUUUCCCCUCUCAGUAACAAGAGUCACAAGCUCUUGCGCUCACCUCGUAAGCCAGCUCGUAAGAUCUCCAAGAUCCCAUUCAAGGUGCUGGACGCCCCGGAGUUGCAGGACGACUUCUACCUCAACCUGGUUGACUGGUCUGCUGGGAAUCUACUAAGUGUUGGACUUGGAGCCUGUGUGUAUCUGUGGAGUGCCUGUACGAGUCAGGUGACGAGGUUGUGUGACUUAUCGGUGGACGGGGACUCAGUGACGUCGGUGUGUUGGAAUGAAAGGGGAAGCUUGGUUGCCGUGGGAACCCAUAAGGGUUUGGUGCAGAUCUGGGAUGCAGCGGGAGGGAGGAAGCUGACCAGUUUGGAGGGGCAUUCGGCACGAGUAGGAGCACUGGCGUGGAACGGAGAGCAGCUGUCUUCAGGCAGUCGGGACCGUGUCAUCCUUCAGAGGGACGUGAGGACGCCUCCCAUGGCUGAGAGGAGGCUACAGGGCCACAGACAGGAGGUCUGUGGUUUAAAAUGGUCUCCUGAUCACCAGCACCUGGCCUCCGGUGGCAAUGACAACAAGCUGUUGGUGUGGAACAGCUCCAGUCUCUUGCCAGUGCAGCAGUACAGUGACCACCUGGCGGCCGUGAAAGCCAUCGCCUGGUCUCCUCACCAACACGGGCUGCUGGCGUCGGGAGGGGGGACGGCCGAUCGCUGCCUCCGCUUCUGGAACACGCUGACGGGUCAAGCCCUGCAGAGCACAGACACCGGCUCACAGGUCUGCAACCUGGCCUGGUCCAAACACGCCAAUGAACUGGUAAGCACGCAUGGCUAUUCUCAGAACCAGAUCCUGGUGUGGAAGUACCCUUCACUGACACAGGUUGCCAAGCUAACAGGACACUCCUACCGCGUCCUCUACUUGGCAGUAUCUCCAGACGGUGAGGCCAUAGUCACGGGAGCAGGAGAUGAGACCCUGAGGUUCUGGAACGUCUUCAGUAAAACACGCUGCACAAAGGAAUCCAAAUCGGUGUUGAACUUGUUCACCAGGAUACGGUAGUGAUGAACCAGUAGAAAAGGGAUCUGCUAUUGAGAAGAUGGAGAGAAACCCAGAAACAGAAAAAGAAACACAAAGAUGCAGACACACACAAGCAUAAAUAUACACACUGCGUUCAUGGUCUUCAUCCUUCCCAGCAUUAAUCUGGAGAACAGACCAAGGAAUUUCACACAGCACCCAUGUUUUCUACUGAACAGGAUCCCAUCAUGCCCCACUCUCUUUCUUAAGAAAUGCAAAGUCAUUCAUUAAAACCCUAACCCCUCCCCAAAAGUGAGGGCUCUUUGUUUACGUCAACAAAUCUGUCUUCUUUAUACUGUACAUUGUGGGUGUCCAAAAGAUACUUUAUUAUAUGAGUAGAAGUAUUAAUGGAAAACAGAAAUUAAUCUAUAAGCACUCCUGUC